GUUAGCGAGUGGUCUGCGUGCUAAAAGUGCGUUCCGUGCGUGGCCGACGGUGCAAAGAAUGCGGUUUGUGUGAGAAAGUCCCGUUCGAAACGACAGCAGUGCGUGAAAAAUGUAGUGGAAAUGUGUGGAAAACGUACCCUAGUCCGAGCGCCAUCGAGAGCUGUAGUAGCAAAAGCAGAAGCAGCAACAGCAGCAGCAGCAGAAGCUGUAGCUCAUAGGCUCUUUUUCUUCGGCUCGUAAUCACGGCACCGCCGCGCGAUUCGUCUUCGUUGCUGCGUUCCGAUUUUCCGUGUUUUUGCUGCUACCGUGUGUGCGUAAAAGUGUGUUUGUGUGUGUAUGUGUGUGUGUGGUGUUGUGAAUAGUGAAAAAGCGGAACCGUUUUGUCGAAGGCUUGCAGAAAGUCCCGCGUCCCGUCGGGUGUUCCCUACACCGAAGGGCAACGAAACAAUUCCGUGGCAAUAGAGCCUGCAAAAGUAGCGCCGUCUCGUAAGAGCAGUAGAUGAAUGGUUACGUGGUUGUGUGGUGUGUACGUGCGCUAGUGCCGUGGUGUUGUGUCCCCGUUCUCUCGUGGGUGCAGUAGGUGCACCGAGAGGAAAGCGGGGUCGCCUUUCGCGUCCGUUCUUCCGAUACCCGUUCGCCAAUGAAUCGUCGGCAAUCAUUGGACAAGCCAGGUGAGCAGCAAGGUAUUUUGUCUCCUCCGGGUCCAUUUCUAACACCGAGCCCAUCGCCGUCGAUACCAGCGAGUCCUCGGCUGCAACCGUCACCAUCACAGUCACCAUUUUCGCAACAGCAGGACAUUCUACUGGUGACAAACAGCACCAUAAAUAAUGUGACUCAGGAGCAAGACCGGAAGACGGGUAUUGUUGGUCGUCGUCAGUCAUUCAGUCAGCAGCAGCAACAGCAGCAGUCCAGUAUCAUCCAGCAACAGCUCCACCAAGGACUGAGCAACAGCACCAGCCCCAAUGCCGGCACAGUGGUUUACCGUCCUAGUCCAACGCAGUCUCCUGCUGGCGCUACGACGUACACAACGCCCGGCAAUGAGUUUAACACGACACUAGUUGGUUCCAAUAACAUUUCACUCAAUAAGAAGGGACGCAAAUCGUCCUCGAUCAGUGGAAUCCAACAGCAGCAGCAGCAGCAGCCACAACAACACCUCCACCAUCAGUCACAUGCAGGCCAUGGACAUGGAACAUUGCCCCCCGCCAGUAGCCCGAAAGCGGCGAAAAAAGCAAUGCAACACCAUCAGCAGCAGCCGGCGUACCAGCAUCCGCACUCCCAGCAGCAGCACCAGCAACACCACGGAUCCGUCUCGUUCGUCGGCAGUCCCAUCGCAAGCCCCAGUCCGAUUUCCAGCCCGAACGGCUCAAUACUGGUCACGACCACCGGCGGGACGAAUGGUGGUGGUGGAGCGGCGGGGAGUAUCAUUGUGGGCAGUGCGACGACCAGUGGCAAUCCGGGUGGGCCGGCACAAUUGAGGCCACCGACGCCCCAGCCCAUCAUCCAGCAGUAUCCUGUAAUGGGCACCGGAAAUCAAAUAGUGCAAAUAUUUCAAGGUUCUCAGUUUAUCGCGCAAUCGCAAGCGGGCACGACGGCCACCGUGCAGCAUCUCGCGAAUCAACAGCAGCACCUUCAGCAGAGCGGUCGCCAUACAACGACGUUAGUGUCCCAGCCUAGCCCUCAGCAUCAACAGCAACAGCAGCACCAGCAGCAAUUAAACCAAACCAACGCUCAGCAGCAGCAGCAGCAGCAUAUACCGCUGCAAACGUUGCACGCAAUCCAGCAGUCCCCAUCGCAUCAGCAGCAAUUUGUCCAGCAGCAGAUCAUUGCGGCAUCCUCGGUCGCGCCCAGUGUGAUACCUUCGUCUGCUUCCACCACCGUCGUGACUUCCGCGGGUGGCCUAGUGAUCAGCGGGAAUGCCCUUCAAUCGCCUCCUCCUUCUGCGCCUGGCGGAGGCAUGGUGAAGCACCACAGCAAAGGACCCCAGCAGAUACUGCCGAAACCCGCCACGGGUUCCUCUACACCGUCGGGGUCUCCGUCGUCUUCGGCGUCAGCGCACCAGCAACAACAAAGUCCCCAGCAGGUGACGGCGUACGUCUCCAGCUACGGCACCACGCCAAUGGUGCACGGCACGACGAAGACGAUCGUUUCGCAGCCUAAAACAGUCACGUCCCUUUCCCUUCCGACCAUGGUGUCGCAGCUGCCGGCACAAAUACAGGUGUCCCAGUCGAACGCCGGCGGAACCAGUCAAGUUCACUUCACCACCACUGCACCCCAACCGACCGUGGCGGCCGUCACCGGUCAAACGGGACCCGGUCCACAGAUGGUUACCACGGCAACGCCACAACCCGCCGGAGGGCAGCAGCCGGGAGGGGCAGGCCAGACGGCCACGCCAACAGCGACCGCGCAAAACGGUUCCAUCAUUCUACCGACGGGUAAUAUCAACGCACAGCCCCUCCUCCUGAACCAGAUGCCGGUGCUGGUACAACAGAAUACACCGCAAGGUGUGCAGCUGAUACUGCGCCCCCCGACACCCCAGAUCGCAACACCGAGCCUGGUGAUACACAAUACGCGACCACAGCAACUGCAGCAAUCGCAUCAGCCCCAGCAGGUGCUACGGAUACUGAACACCAAUGGGACGAUGCAGCUGGCACCGACGUUUAUCGUGUCGUCCCAGGGCAACCUGGUGCAGCAGAACAUUCCCGGACUGAAGACGAAUCAGGGUGUACCGCUGACGCAGCUUCAGGGUUUGCAGGGACAGCGUCAACCGCAGCAGUUGACCGCCGCCAUCAACCAGCAUCUGCUGAGCCAGGGCGUGGCGCAAAUACAGAACCUGCAGCUGAACGGCAACCUCGCCCAGAUUCAGAUGCCCAACGGGUUAAACGGGCAGUUGCUGGCCACCUCGCUACCGGCCCAGUUCCAGCAAGCAAGCGUCGGUGGGUUCGGUAUACAGAACCAAAACAUUAACCUCAACCAGCUGGGCAGUGUGAAUCUGCAGCUCGCGGCAACACCCGGCGGUGCAACAUUCGUGUCCCCGUCAUCCACACCGGGAGCAACGGCAGGCACGGGGCAGUCCGGCGAGAUAGUGGUUAGCGCUCAAAACAUUCAGUUUGCAACGGCACCCGGAGCGGCAGGUAAUGCCACCAUCACUGUGAACGCGCAAGGUCAGCACCAGCAACAGCAGCAGCAUCAUCAACAACAACAACAGCAACCACCGCAGCACCAUCAGCAGCAAGGAGGUCAACAGAUUUUGACCACCUCCUCGAUCGAUGGACAAAUACAGACCGCUCAAAUAAUUCCCACUGUAUCUGCGGAGGCCUUGCGGAACCACUCUGGAACGCCAAUCAUUACGACCGCAUCCGGCCAGCAGGUGAUCGUGACGGACGGUGGAAAAGGGCAGUUGCACACGCAAACUCUCUCGGGACAACAACAGCAAGCGCUGCUGUACAACCAUGCAGCCAUCCAGCAACAGCAGCUGCAACCCAACGCCACUCCCGUAACCUUGCAGCAGCCGAUGCAGCAACAAACGUCGCUUCCACCGGCAGCAGCAGCACCACAACCACCGAACCUAGUCGCGGCAACACGCAUCGAAGUGGACAAACCGAAGAAAGAACGACGUAGCAAGAAGAAGGUGAAACCUGUGCAACCACCCGUGGCGACGGCGGCACCGAUUAUCGUACAAUCGAGCGUUCCCAUCACGAGCCAAACCCCUGUCGUCAAUAGUGCUCCGGUGACGACGACGUCGAUGACGACAUCGACUACGUCCAACAACGCGGAGCGGCUUGCAUCACCACCGUCGCCGUACACAAACACGCACACCUCGACGGGGAAACUCGACCUGGCGAACCUGAUGAAGAUCUCCGGUAUCGGCAUCGAGGACGAUGAUUUUAUGGACACCGACGAACCGCCGCCAUUGUUGGCACCCGCCUCACACGGUCACGGUAGUGGAUCGGCUGUCGAUUAUCCUGCCAACAUUGUGAUACAACAGAACGAACAUACGACGACAACGAGCAAUAUCGUCAGUGGUGCAGUACCAACGCAUCCGCAGCAGCAGCAGCAGCAACACCAACCAAUUGGAACGAUAAAGGGAAUGAUGUCGCCUCCUCCACCACCCCAACCGGUUGUUCCUGCUAUUGCCACUCCAGCGCCACCAUUGGCCGCGCAGGUCCACAUACAAUCGCAACAGCAGCACAGUCAAACGAAUCCAUCAAAAGGCGGUGGAAACGGCAGUGAUAUUAUGAUAACGAUCCCAAGUGGGGCCAGUGGUUCGGGAAAUGCCGAAAUUCCCUAUACUAUUUCGAUACCCACAUCCGGCUUGGAAGCAUCCCGCACGGGCAAGGUUUCCACCAGUGCUAGCAAUAAUCAACUGGGCCAAACGCCUAGUACUCCUGGAGCGACGACGGUGCAAGAAGGACAACCGUCAUUCAUGAUCACCAUCGAUCCGUCGAACGAUCCCAGUUCGGGCCAGGCAUCGUACACGGUUUCUUUGCCACGCUUUGGUACCGGCGCUGGUGGUGAGGAAUCGUCGAAAAUCGUCAACGUAGCCACCGUUGCACCGACGACGACCGUCCAGGUACCAUGCAGUAGUAGUACGAGCACGUCACCGAUGGCCUCUAGCACCACCACGACCACAAUGCACCAGAGCAAUACGAUUUGCGUGAACAGCCUGAUGAACAAUGUGCUGAACAACACGCAGGUUACGCCGACUCUGCAAAGUCAGAUCAACGAGAUUCAAAAUCAGUUGAUGGCCGAAGCUCAACCGCAUCUCGUUUCCUCCUCUUCUUCGACGGUUGCCACGACAAUGCAGCAGCACUCCCGUCUAGUGAGCUCGGUUGCGUCGAUCACUUCAACACCAUCCGUUACACCGUCUUCGCUAGCGACAGCAACGUCUACUUCAAUUGUGAUAUCACCAAGCAAUAAGAUUUCGCCGGUUGCUUCUUCCGCGUCGAAGAAAAAAGCUGGAGGCGCUGGUACGGGUGGCAGCGGUGGACCCGCUGGCACUGGCGCCAACGUAGGCGGUAGCAAGAAAAAUGGAAAGAAGCUCGAGAAAACGUUCGACUUUAUCGGCACGGCCAGUGCGGUACCGACGCAGAUCGGCAAUAUUCAAAUUUCCCAGAUCGACGGUACGGCGGUAAACAACAACAAGGUGGCCAAGAACAGUACCAUAAACAACCAAAUACAAAUUACACCGAUCAUCGACAACAAGGUGAUGGUUUCGCAGGCACCGCCGAUGCUCGGUACAACCGGAAGCGGACAGUAUCAGCAGGUGGUCACUAGCCAAUCGCAGCCCUCAAUCACGAUACAAAGCCAACUUCAGCUAGCAACCCAGCAGCAACCGAACCAAACGGUCCUCACAUCAUUGGCCAGUGGGGUCGUUCACCAACAGCAUAGUGUGCAGGCCAUUCCCACGUCGGUGCAAUCGAACGUUAUCGGCGCUGGUAGUGGUGGUGGUGGUGGAGUCGUUUUUACCACCCAUCAACAGCAACCAUCGGUUGUUGUAACGCCGACAAUGCAAACAAAUCAAACGUCUAUCAUCCAACAACAACAACAACAACAAUUACCACCCCCUCCACCACCGGUGACUUCAGCACAAAGCAUUCUUUCGCAGCUGACAGGAAGUCUUAGCUUAUCGCUGGUUGAGAAUGGACAGUUGAUACUGAAGCAUGACAUAAAUCAACCCCAAACACCAGAAUCGCAGACUAUCCUGCAAGCCAUUCUUUCCGGUGCACUGGGCAACAUUACGUUGGUAAAUGAACCAUCCAAACUACCAUUACCGACGAAUGCGGCCGCUAUAGGUACUGUUCAAUCCCAGCAACAGCAACAGCAGCAGCAGCAGCAGCAGCAAGUACAAGUGACGGCCACACCGCAUGGCGUUCAACAGAGUUCGCAAGGUCAUCAGAUUGUAGUGACAGCACAGCCCCCGCAGCAACAUAACAAAUCCGUCGCUGCCGUGAGCGGACAGAUACAACAUCAAAAAAGUCAAGGAGGUGCUACGGUGACAAUACAGACGGGACAGCAUCAGCUACAUCAGCAGCAACAACUACAGCAACAGCAACAGCAACAGCAACAGCAGCAACACCAGCAGCAGGUUCAACAGCAAAAUCAACUUAUGCAGCAACAGCAAUUUAACAGUAUGACACCUGUGUUUAGCUCGCAAGCAGCAGGUUCACAACAGCCGACAACAGCCCAGCAGCAAUCCAUUGGUGGAAACAUUCAAAGCAAUUUGGUUCAAUCGCAGCAACCGAUGCUGCAACAGCCAGGAUCUACGUUGAAGGAUGGACGAAAGCCGGAAACGGUGAUUGAACCGGUUAUGGGUCAACAACAACAACAACAGCUUCAAUCGCAGCAAGCGCCUACACAAAUACAAACACAACAGCAUCUACAACAACAACAACAGCAGCAGCAGCAGGUGUUGCAGCAGCAUCAACAACAUCACACUGUUGUAAUGAAUCCAAAUACUCCGAAGCUGGUAGAGCUGCCAAAGGUUGGACCAAACCAGCAAUUGUUUUCGCUCAACACGCUGACUAAUCAAAUCACGCAACUCAACCCAGGCCAAACGACGGCCGCCCUCGGACCGAUGGAGCGUGUGCUGAUUGUCCCAACCGGUAUAAACGCGCAGCAGCUGGCGCAAUGUUUGAUGCAGGGACAGAUCCACUUCAACAAUGUCGGACAGGUGACACAGUCCAGCGAAACGAGACCGACCCCUACACUGUCGCAAUCGCAAUCACAACCACCGGCACUUUCGUCGACGACAACCGGAGUGCCCACCAAGGGUACGACGACUCCUCAAAUGAUGACCCAACAACAGCAGCAGAUGGCUAAGAGCCAGGCAACAAAGUCUCAGCAAAUUAUAACUAACCCCGGUGGUAACGUAAUCGGUACGAAGGUAUUAAACAAUGCGGUCAAUGUAACGAAUAACACGGCGGUGGUCACUAAGGAAAAGCCCAAACGAAAUCGCUCGAAGAAGCAGGACAAACCGGUUCCGUCUGCAGUGCCGCCAAAGGCAGCUAUCGUAAAGGUAAACUCGGUCUCCAGUGGGCUGCCACCGAGUGUAGUCCUACAACCUGGUCAGCAUGCGCAGCCGAUCCUGGCCGAGGAUGGUACCAAGAUUGGGACAAAAAUUGUAGGGACGGUAAAUCCAAACAAUUUUGUUUCCAACAGCCAGCCACAACAACACCAGCAUCAGCAGAAUCUGGUACAACAGCAAACCCAGCCACUGGUAGCGCAAGUCCACCCGCAGCAGCAUCAAACCACGAAAACGCCGUCAACAUCGGUAUCAACAAUGGUAACCAAGGGCCAAGCCAUCGGCACAACAAACGUCGUGUCGGCCAUCGGAAGCAAUACGACGAGCAGCAUAACGGUAACGGCGGCGGUCAAAAAGAAUCGUGUCAACGUCUCUCAACAGCAACAACAGCAGCAGACUACAAUUCAGGUUCAGCCUCAAAAACAGCAGAUGCCCCCAUUGGUCAGUGUUAAUUCCGUCGUACCAAGCCCGGCUUCCAUUAGCAGUAGCAGCAGCAGCGGCAGCACAACAACGGCUGCCACCGGGACACCGACCGUUGUGCAGCGGGUCCAAACGAUUCAGCUGACGCCGCAGAAACAGCAACACCUUAAAAACGUGCAACAACAGAUUCAGCAGCUGUCGACAAAGUUGCAGAACAAAAACUUGCUCUCCUCGUUGAUGAUUCCGACCGAGUUCGACCCGGCCAACCCGAUCCACGGGAAACCGUUGCCCACGGUCAAAAACCUGAACGCAAUGUCCGACAAAGAUAUCUGCCAGGUGCUGCAGCGGCUGUUUAUGGAACAGCAGAAAAUUCUCUCAACGGGAAAAAUUAUUCCCACCAUUCCCGCCGGGCACGCUUUCGGGGGUGCCGGGGUCAACGCGAAUACCUCGCAACAGCCCGUUCCACCUCCACCGACACCGAUCGUCAUCCAAGGUGCGAGCAAUACGACGGAUCCACCGAAACCACCGCCACAUGCCAUCAUAUCGCCCAUCACGGUGACACCGACCGGCAACGGGGGAAGUGGUACGGUAGCGGCCUUCCAACCCGGUGCCGGCGCUUCGGGUGGGCAGAAUCAACAGAUCGCCGUGGGAAAGCACGAGCUAUUGCUGCCCAUUUCUUCGACCGCAGGUGGCUCUACCAUGAGCGUCCUCUCGUCGUCUGGCCCAAUGAUCUCGAGUGUUGCCCCAACGGUUGCCCACUCCUCAAUGUCGAUUACGAUUACCAGCAGCACCGUACCGAUUCAGAGUGGGACCGGUGUGAACGCACAGAAACCUUUCGGAGCGGCGUCCGCGAUCGGUGGGAGUAGUAAGCAAACGACGACAAUCAUCCCGAUCACCUCGACGCUCCAACCACUUCCACCAUCACCGGUUUCGGCACAGCCAGGAGCAGUAAAGUCAGGACCGGGUCAACCGUCGACGUCGGUGGCGAACAGUGGCACCACAACUACCACGAUCAUGAAUAACGUCGUUGGGAUGAAAAGUCAACCGACAGCUAGUAUCGUUCCGCAGCAUCAGAUUGUGGUGAACAGUAAAAACGUUGGCACCCUAUCGGUCACUGGGCAAACGCAAGGCGGAGCCGGUUCCGUCAUGCCACCCUUGCAUACACUUGUGCCCACGCAACAGAAUUCCGGCAACAGUACCAACACCGGUGCUCUGUCGAAUAAAGUUGAUGGAAAUGGAACUUCGGCAACGAUACUCAACCAUCAUCACAAUAGUCAACUGAUGGCCACACCACCACUGGCCACCACCCAUCGCUCUAAUACCCCCGUACCACCGCCACUAGUUCCUACGGCGAUGUCAACUGCAAGUGGACAGCUGAAAUCAGUAUCGAGUGCAGGCAGUGGUGGGACGGCAAAUUCUUCGAUCGUGAUCGUUGGUGGCUCACAUGCUAUCCUGAGCGGCUCCCCGCAGUUGAUAGCCCAAACGGCGGCCAGAAUUCAGCAGCAGCAGCAGCAACAACAACAGCAGCUACAAGGGCAAGGAAAUACUAUCCUCAUUACCAACAAUGGUGCGAUUGUAUCCUCUUCGAUGACUGGAACAAUCUCAACGCCGAACGUAUCGUCAACCAGGACAGCGACAUCCUUAUCUUCCCCUUCGAUUAUGAUAUCUCCUCCCCCUUUGGUAGCAACCAAUAGCAGCAUCAAUAACACAUCCUUCACAGGCGGUGCCAGUUUCCAUCCUCUACCCAUUACCGGUACGAGUAGCAAUCUGGUUUCUUCGAUGUCGACGACAACGUCCACGACGACAACGGUCGCAGUGCCACAGAUUGCGACCCUAACAACGACGACGACUAACGCGAACGCGCUUUCGUCGGCCGUCGUAGCCGCUUCCGCGAUGACCAGCAACACUGGCACGCCGGCAGUAAUCAUCGCUGCUCCGGCGGGCACCUUGCCAUCGACACCGAUGACCUACAUAACGACCAACGUUCCGAACAGCCCUGCUGUCAAAGUGCCCCGUGCAAGUUUGUUUGAGAUUCAGAUACAGAAGGAUCAGGACGCCUGUACAAAACCGGACACCAACACGCCAUUCGGAAGCAAGCAGGAUGCAAUCAAGCGCCUCAUCCGCUAUCACUGCAUGUACGAGGAGCGCUGCGAGGAGAACGAGGAUGAGGAACUGCAGUUCGAGACCACCGCCGAGUGGUUUCCGGAGGCUUUUCGCACCAUGCUCAGUCGCUACAAGCGCCUAAUGAUCAACGAGUCGAUGCGCGAAGUGCGUACAUCGGAACUGAUGUUAGUGAACAAGCUGUUCAAAGCGGAUAUCACGCAGGAAAUAGAAGAAAUGCAAGAAUUGAUACGGGACAGAGAAAACGAAGGUGAUCCACCAACGACGGCAACAACGACGGGAAGCAACGUAGACGAAGUGAUCUGUGUUUCCUCUUCCGAUGAGGAGAAACCCAAACACGGCGAGGCUCACUACGUGGCAAGAGAUCACUCUCCGUUUCUACCCCUAACCCUAGCGGACGUAUCGAAUGGCAAGGAUUCGCAGGCGUACAGUCCGGGUGAUGCGACCUGUUUCAACCAUGGCCCGUCCACGGGAGGCAGCACAAACUCGAGCCUGGUGGCAGAGACAUUGCGAUCGUCGGUCCAACAGACUAUCAAAUACGGUAUGGUGGCAAGGGAAGAAUCCACCGGACAACAGCCACCGUUACAGUCGGCAUCGUCGUUGUCGUCAUCGGUUGUGUACGAAUCGUCGUCGGCGGCACCCGUAGCGAUCAACAGCAACCUUUCGUUCCAGGGCUCAUUCCAGCAGUCCUCUAGUGCCCAUUCACUGAUCGGCAAAACGCUGGAGGCUAGCUCCGGGCGCACAAUGCCAGUUGCACGGCCUUCAUCCGGUGGUGAUCCCUUGUUCAAGAAGCACGUCCCCACAAUGGUUGAAAGUUUUGACGAUAUCGAGAGCGAAAUAACACCAAGUUUCAUCAUGAAAAAAUGCGACGGCGGGGCGAUGGCGGAGGAGAAGAAAAGUGAACCAAUGGCACCUAGCUUCCAACCGGGUGCGGCGGUCGCUUCGACACCACCAACGUUGCGCUAUUUCAAUCAAGUGCACGCCACCCAAAAGGAUUCAGCGGGCUCAGAAACGAAACAGUUUGCGGAACGGAGUAGCGGUAGCCACUUGCUUCCAACGUCAAAUGACGUCCCACCGUUGGCGGCCAUGCCAAAAGCUGCUGUCGGGUCUUCCGUCCCUGCGGAGCACAACGAUACGUCGGAGCAUUACGACGAGUGGAUGUGCUUCCAGAAGGAUCUGAACUACUUCAGCGGCGCCGGUAGCGAUAAUGCCGUCGUUGAAGGUGGAGGCAUGCGAGCCGGGAGCAGUAACACCAACGCAACCGGUCGAAAGAAAACCCCCGAGGAGGAGAUCCACGAAAUGUUCCAUUCGAACGAUUCCAAAAGUGUGGAUAAACAGCUGGAGCAGCUGUUUAGUGGAUCGGUUGACGAUAAACAGAUUCAUCACCAACAGCACCAUCAUCAUUCUACCUCGAGGAUCGACUCACCGUUGGCCGAGUUCCUAAAUGCGCAUCAACAGCAGCAGCAGCAGCAGCAUCAACAGCAACACCAGCUACUAUCAGGCAACAGAGGAAGUGGGGACGAUACAGGUGUGACGUCGGCAAUAGGUGUCGGAUCCUCGAAAACUGUCGAAACGCGUCUCGAUGCGCUGUUCGGAUCGUUACAUCGUCAGGGUGAUAACUCUUCCCAGUCUGACGGUGGGUCGGUGUCCGCAUCGGUUGGUGUGAGCGAAAAAUCAGACGAACUGCUGGUGGGGACACGCAACAGUUGGACCUCUUCCGUUUUCCGAGAGGUAACGCAAGAAGAGGAAGCAUCCACGCACGAGUCCUUCUUGCACAAAACAUCGAACAGCUACGAAAUGAUGCAUCAGUCUCGCAGUGUCAUCAGCGGGACGCAGAAGCGCCUGUGGUCGGCCGCCACGACGAGCGAAAGUGGUGGAAGUGGUGGCCUACAUUCGGGUGCGCUCUAUCCCAACGUUUCGCCCACCUCGAGUCACCCGGGGGUGAACCCCAACAAACGACAGUGCCUUUCGCUGGGUCGCAACGAAGAUCAGCUUGCCGAUAGCGUUGAUCUGGUCGUCGGUGGUGACAAGCACGAUGAUCACCGAUGGCUGAUGGAAUGUACCGGCGACGAUCCUAUCACGACGACGACACCCCAAGGUAUCCGGCAGCCAACGCAAUCCGCCGCAGCAGCAAACCGGACAGCUAGGGUUGGCUCGAAUGGUUCCGCUCAAACAACCUCCGCCGCAGGGCUGGAUCCUCCCGCCGAGCUCCAUCCCCAUCAUCAUCACGGGGACGACGGAAGUGGUCGAGUACCGGUUGUGGUUAAUAGUAUCACGCGAAACUACAACGGUCCCGGUCCGACGAAAGAAGUUAGCUCCAUCGCGCUGCAGCUUCAAUCGGCGAGCAUGAGUUUGGAAGCGAACACGACGUUCCAGGAUCACCAACAGCAACAGCAACAACAGCAACAACAAGCCAUUCACGAUCUGCAGAUGAAUCACAUCACGUUCGAUGCGAUCACGGGCCACAAUUUCGAGGAAGACAUCAGCCGGCAGGUACAGAACGCGAUCGAUAGCAUACUGAAUCUGCAGGCAAACGAAACGGACGGAGCGUUGCACUAUUCGCUCGAUCAUUCCUUCCUGCCCGACAGCCCACUGUCGGCCGGUGGGCUCACCUCGCAUACCGCCCCAGCGACCUCACCCUGCUCGUCGCAUCAUGCGCUUUUGGAUGCGCCCAUUAUGAACCAGCAUCAUCAUCAGCAACAGCAGCUGCCAGCGGUGAAUCAAAACCAGUUGCAACAAUCAUCCCAGCAACAGCGACUGCAGCAACAACGCCAAGGUGGGGCGGCGUCCGUGUCGAUGGCCGCUGUACAGCAGGUGGCUGGUAUGAAGCGCAAGUAUCCGAACGAUUGCCCCUCGCCAAUGGUCGGCGUGUCGCCGGACGAUGGCAGUCCGAUGGGUCCGGGUAGCAGCGGUAGCAGCAACAGCAGCAACAGCACUAUCAGCAACCUCAGCAGUGCCACCUCCGGAAGCAGCAGUAGCAGCAGCAGCAGCACGGGAACCUUGCUCGGUGUUACCAAUCACCACUUUGGUGUGAACGCGAACGAUGCAGAUCCGAUGAAGACCAUCAUCAAAUCCUGACAACUUUCCAUCGUUGGCUAAACGGGCCACACCGCAUCGACCGGGUGUGUAUGAUCAUGAUCGUGGAUAGUUUGGAUGGUAUUUGUGUGUGUGCGAAAACACAUUUGACAUUGUGACGGCAUCUAGGGGUAAAUUUCAGUUCAGGAUAUGAGUGUUUUUAUUUUAGAGACACUUUGUUUUAAAAUCAUUUAAUUAAUUCCUUUGUUCGGAAGAAGCUCCAAGUUACUCCAAAGGAGGUGUGCAAUGUUUCCUGUAACCCAAAUGACGUACUUUUACAUAUUGCAAAAAUACUGCCACUUUUUAACGAAUUAUUUAAAAUCUUGUCCUCUCCGCUACCCGAUUGCUUUUACAGUCGCAUGGAGCUCAGUCAAUAACAUUUUAUUUCUUUACAAUAACAUGGAAGUUUUUUAAAAGGUUUAUUAGAAUGCCUCGUCUUCAUGGCCACUUCAUUCGUCAUCAUUUUGUAAGGCUUGUAGAUUUUUGUUCUACUCUUCGUAUUUCAUUCAGUCCAACCUCUGGCCACUAGUUAUCGGAUAAAAUAGGAGUCAAAGCACGCCAAAAACACCUUUUAACUAACCUUUCUAUCAAGAGCAGAUUUUUAUGUUUUAUUUUUCAGACAACUUGUGCAUAGUUUAUAAAUGCCGUAUUUUAUGGAUUAUAGUGCAAUAUUUUUGACCUAACAUUUGUUAAUUUAUGGAUGUAAACUAUAAACAUACCAUUGCUGCAUUCAUCGGGUGUAAUGUUCACAAUUUUACUAAUAGAAACGUUUCGGAACUUUUCCAAAUGCGAUUCCAAAAGAGGAGAAAAUAAAUAAUUUAAAUUUUUGA